UUACCGUCCAAACUUCUUCAGUUAGGAUGAUCAGCAAAGUCACGAUUGACUCCUCUGCUGCCAACUGUUAUGUCAUGGAUUUGUGAGGUGGGUGGGUGAGAGAGAGGGAGAGACACUUGUGGACAGCUUGUCCACCUUGUUAUUCCCUUACCAACGCCAGAAUGCAUUUCUGCCGAUCUGCUGACCUGUGGCUUUGUCUCUGAAUGCACAUCACACUCUGACCUGCUCCUCAUCUAGCAACUCUUCCACAGAGGACAGAGCAGCCAGCUUUCAUUCUGGAGGGAAAGGUCCCAGUCGAGCCCAGCAGGGGGGAUGCAGGCGGCAGUCCGGCCUCUCUGCCUCUGACCCAGGCAGAGAGUUCUGGACCUUGGCACAGCGAGAGUCUGCUGGCAGAGUCCUGGUCCACGAUGGGCGACAUGGACCCCGAGGACACCAAGAGCCUCGACAGCAACGACGGGCCCGUUUUAGCCGGAGACGAGAACCACUCCUCCAACUCCGACAUGGUGCACCUGGAGCGGGAGGAGGCGGAGAUGCUGGAGGAGAAGGAGGGGAGGAGAUGGAGGGAUGAGGACGAGGAGCUGCAGGCAAGCGUUCUGAGCAUACUCAGUGUGGAGAGGGAGUUGGCGGAGCUGGACCUCCAAGCUCCAGAGGCGAAGGAGCUGCUGGUGUCUGCAGAGGAGCCUCAUGCAGAGUUCAGGCACGUUGUUCCCCCGAUGGCGCUGCCUCUGCUGCCCAUUCUCAAACUGGAUCCCCCCUCCACGACGACCACACCAGUCCCUUCAACCACAGCCUCCGAAGUGGACGAGCACUAUUCCACGUUGGGCCUCCAUCCUCCAUCCAUCCUGCAGCCAAAGGCUCCAGAGCUUCAAACAGAAGAAAGUCCAGAAGCUACAUUCUCACAGAUUCCCCUUCAGGAUGAUGGAGAACAUUCAGUUAAAGCAGCCGCUGCACCUAAGACCAAAUCUCUGAGCUCCUCUGAGCUUCUGUUUGGAGGCGCUGCGCUGGUGGCUGUCGUAGGAGUGGUGGCUUAUGGAGCUGUAGUCUACUCCAAAAAGUAGAAAAACGCAUUUUGACCUCAGAUGUAUUCCUGCUGAAUUAUUCCCAUUUCCUUUCUGAAUUCUGCAGUCAAAUUAGAUUUUGUAGAAGAAUGUAACGCUACCUCGGCUCACAGAAGCCUUUUUUCUGUUUAAUCUAUGAAAAAACUGACAAAUGAAACUGAAAUCCGGUUGAUUCAUGUUUGGAAAAGCAUUUAUCAGCACCAGAGAGCAGCAUAUAAAUAAAAAUGAAGACAACCAGCACAUUUCUCUAAAUGUCAUACAUUUUGCAAUGUGUUUGUUCAUGUUUUUUUCAGUUUCUAGAGUGUGUGUCAAACUCGAGGGCCAAAUCAGGCCCACCGUAGCUUUUAUGCACCAUCAAGUUACAUCAAUCUUUCCUUCUAGUUUUUCACGAUUCCACGGCCCCUGAAAUUUACACUAAAUAAACAAAUCCCUGCUAUUGUAUAAUUGUGAGUUUAUUGCAAAUUUUUUCGCAAAACAAUUGUCAAAAAUUUGGGGUAAGUGAUGCUAACUCCCACCUCCAGGGGGCAGUAUUUCAUACUUUUACUCCACUGAUGCCUCAACCUUACUUGAAAUCAAGUUACAGUCCGUGAUCGAUUUGGCGAGUAAUUAAAAGUCACAUUUAACGCCAUACAUAACCACAAAUAUUGAAACAUUUAUUGCAUGUAUUUCUAAAUUAGCAACACAUAAUCUAUCAUUUUGAUUGCAAAAAACCCACAAAACCAAUCGUGAAAUCCUGGACGGACUAAUCGAUGUGAAAAGAUGCUCAAUUUGAUUUAAUUUGAAUCCAGAGACAGCUGUUAUUGAUAUUGUUAAUGGUUUUUAUCAAACCAUUCUGGCACAACUGGCCCUUUAAGAAUAUUCAUGAUUUUUAUAAGGAACAAAAUCAAAAUGAGUUUGAUACCACUGAUCUGGACAUCAGGAAUUCAACAUGUUUUCCCUUUUUUAAUCUGAUUACAGCUAAAUGUGUAGCAUGUGGUGAAUGUUGUAACAUGUAGAUCUCUUGGGUUUACAAACAGCUGCAUACAAAUUUAUUACACCCAUUAAAACAUUUUUACAUUCUGCUUUGUGCUUUACUGGGAUAACGAUACAACAUGCAACAACAUUAAAUAUAAUAAUAAAACUCCUAAAACGUGAAAUCAGGUUGAAUUUUUAACAAUCUUCUUUGUCUACUUGAUUUUCCUAAACAAAAGCCAGUGCAGCUGGUUUUUAAAGAAAAUCCCCUCGCUAGUAAACAGAGUCCACUGGUGUCAUUUAAUCUCUGAAUGAAUUUAUCAUAUUUAGAGAACAAACAGGAACACAGCAGAGAGAUCAGAGAGAAAGUUGUGAAGAUGUUUAAAGCAGGAUUAGGUAAUCAAAUCCCCAAAGUUUGAGGUUGUCAUGUACAGAAGUUUAUGGGACAUGGAUGCAUUUCUAUUAAAAUGUUGAGAAUUAAUACAAAUAUUUUAAUUGUAGAAAAAAGCAAUAGAGAUAUAAACAUUUAAUUAGCAGAGAUGUUUAAAUCCCGUCGGCUGCAUUAUGUGAAUUCAGCACGGAUGAGGCAACAUAAGCAGUAAAAUCCCACCUCAUGGCAGAAACCUAUAAUUUAGAUAGUAAUCUCUCUAGUUUAGAGUUUUACUGCAGCUUUGUGUGUUGGUUCAAUGAACAAUUGUUAUCCAAAUCCUCAGGUAGGAAACCACUGGAACAGAUAACCAAAUGUGUGUGAAGCUAAUGGUGUCAGAGCAGGAAAUUCAAAACACUCGAUUUAAGCGUUGAGGAGAUGCACAAGUUUAGACACAAACUAAGAGAGAAAAUGUGUUUUUUUAAAUGCAAAACAAAUACAAUAAAGAUAAUUUAUUAGAAAACCUGGAACAACUUGUAGAUGCUGUUAUUUCUUUACAGUUUAUGUAGUUUCAAUGUCUGUUUUUCUUGGUUUUCACCCAUUUUCUGUCCAAAACACUUAAUACCAUGAAACGGUGUGUGCAGUACCUUAAAUCUGCUAUAAGAAACAUUUUUUGUUCAAUUGAUCUCUUAAUAUUUACCUCCUUCAUCUAUACAAACCUCCAACCAGAAAACUUUACCAGCAGCCAAUGUUAAAUUACAUCUUCAGGUACUUUUAUCAUAAACACUACAUUGUUUUUCAUAACUCACUCUGUGAAAAUUACCAAAGCUAAUACAAUUUAACAUAAAAUAAAAUUUUAGCUGAUGCUAUUUGUGGUUUUCUUAUUUCUUUAAGAUAUGACAGUUUAUCUUUCCUAACCUUUGGGGAGACAGGUUAGAAUAAUGAUACAAAUGGAGAAUACAAGCAAAGAGCAGCUGGACCUUCAGAUUAUUUAUUAGUGUUUGGAAAGAUUGUUUGCUUGUGUGGUACACCACAUGCUUGAUCUGAUUUCUGCUAAAUAAUGUCACUUUCAGAUAUUAUUUUUCUAUUCUAAGUAUUUUUUAAGACCUGAAACAUUAUCUUUUGCCCUCCAUUUCUCCACUUCUCUCUUCAGCCAGUGUGUAAAAAUGAUGGGCUUGUAGUGUUCUAGUCAAAGUCUGGACUUAAAUUCAGUAAAGAUGCUGGUGUGCGACUUUGAACAAACUCUCCAAUGUGGCGACAUUAAAAUAAACUUGCAAUGAAGAGAAAUAUCUACAAAACAAAGUAAAAUACUAGUUUUAGAAUUAUGUCAGUUAUGCUAGACUUUGAAAACCGUAACAUGUGGAUGUGCUGUGGAAUUUGGUGUGCAGUUUAAAAAAGAAAAAAAAAAAGAAAAAAGUUGGGUUUUUUUAUGGUGAAUCCUGAUCCAUCUGUUGGGGCAGUUGUCAGUCAGUUGCUAUGGCAACGGGCGUGUGUAUGUGUGCAGAGCAGGUGACACAGAGAAUGCAAAAAAAAAAAAAAAAAAAAAAUACGAGUGGUUUUGAGUUGCUCUUCAACGUUUUUUCUGCGUUAUUUUUCACUUUGCUGUGUGGAGCUGCAUUGAAUUAAUAAUGCCAACAUCUCAAGGUUUCAUUUUGAUAACGGAUUUGUUCCACAGCGGCAAUGUGGCUAGGCAAAAAAAUCGUCUUUUUGCCCUUCAGCGUUGUGCGAAAUUUCCAAUAUGUCUAAAUAACAGAAUACUUGUGAAGACUAAGGAUUCUUGUACUGGAAAAAGGGAUUAAAACCAGUUAUUAACCAAAAUUUAUCCCACUACUGAUGGUAAAAUGUAACAUUUUAUUUUCUAAAUACUUGCAAUUAAAAUAAACACUAGAAAAAAAGACAAGAAAUGUGUCAAACUGCUGAUACUUUCUGAGCUCUGCACUUCAACUAUAAACAAUAGUGUAGCAAAAAAACAUAAACAGACACCGGAGCAACUUGGUUAUCAGUUGUUCUCUGGUGUAUUCAUCCAGGACACGCUGAUCUCCUAGAUAAUGAUUACAACUCUGUGGUUACACCAGCUUUCAGCCUACUAGACUGAUUACACUUGAAUGGCUUUGACACUUCUUGAUUUUCACCGAGUGCCAGUAAAUAAAGAAGAACAAUAGGGCUGACUGUGCUGCGGUUUGCCCGCCGCACCCACACCGCAGCCAACAUGCACGCAGUUAUUGAAAUGAGAAAGGGAAGGGAAGUGCCUCUUUGUUCGGAGAUACAGCUGCAAAUUAAACACAAACAUGAUAGUCCUCUUUGAAAAUGGUUUAUGCCAAACUGAUGUUCCACUAAAACAGGACAAAAAUGUGCUUUCACUAUAUGUGGCUUUUUAAAGGUAAAGGGAAAAAGCAAAUUAUAUUUCUAUAUAGUUAAGCAAAGUGACCUUUAUUAUUUACUAUUUGAUUAAAACAAUUAAGUUACUGAAUAAUUUCUGGUGAUAAAAUGUAAUAGAAUAGCAGGUUGAUCAAUCACUGAUAAAGAAAAGCAUGACCACAGCAUGAUGCUCAAAAUGACUAAGUGUAUACAUAAUUAG